AAGAUCUAUAUUUGUUGUUUUGAUUGGGAUUUGUUGUUGUAAUUAUAUUCCCCUGAGUGGAUCAUCAUCAUAGUGUAGUUUAGUUUGUCAUUUCCCUUUUAGCUUAGGAUUUGUUGUUUUGACUGGUAUUUUCUUGUCUUUAUUAGAAUUCCUGCAUUUUGGCUUGAUUUUGCUCCCUACUGCUAAGUGUAGUCUGGUUACUAUUUUUCUUUUUGGUUCGUAGAAAUAGUUUCUAGUUUGUUCUCUAUUAACUUUGGUUCCUGACCUCUUAAUCUUCAUAACUAAGUAUCUAAUGCUUAUUAGUUGUUUCAAUAAAGUGUGAUCCGUCAAAGGGCUCAUUAACUUUGACCAAAAUUGCCAUAUGGUAAAGCUUGGUGCUGACGUUGCGAACAUGCGUUGGUGCUGAUUUGACAAUUUCUAUCUGAAUUAAUGGGCAUUUUGACGGAAGAAACUUCAUUGAAACUGCUGGACAUUUCACAGAAGACUAUCCUCCAAUUUUUCCUUGAUUUUGGAGAAGUGGUUUUGCAUGAUGCUGACGCUAGUUUAAGAGCCUUCUUUCGGUCAUGCUUGAGUAGGGAGUUUGCAGAUCCUGUUGUUGCCGAACAUGCACUUGAGUUUCUUAAUGUGAACACAGCGAAGAUUCUCAGAUCUCAUCCUUCCAUACUGCCACAGUUCUUCCCUUUGCUGUUAAAGUUAAUUGCAUGGAACGGUGAGAGAUUAGAGAAGACAUUUUCAGCUCUUCUUCCAGCAAUGAUGUCAACUGGGUCAUUUCUUCCUCUUUUUCCAUCACUUGUAGAUUUGCCAAUUUUAGUGGUCGCACUAGAAAAGGUGGAGAAAAACUCAGGAACUCUCAUAGGUAGUAGUAUAGCUUCAAUCCAGAAGAGCACUGCUCCUGAGAUGCUUCUUGCUCUAAUGGAUGAAGCUUAUACUGGAUCGACCAUAGAAGAUCGAGGCGGUGAUUCUGGAUCUGAUGAUAACAAUACUAUAGAUAUUUCUGAUCCGGUUUUCCUUGAGCUUUUGAAAGAUGAGAAUGACGGCAUAGCUGAACGACAUUGGACAUCUCCUGCAAUGGCUACGACUUUACAAGCUGCUGCCACCUCCCCCAAGUCGGAUAGGCUAAAACAAGCACUACAGAUGGCACCGCGGUUUCUUGCCUUGUUUUUUGAAAUAGCACUACGAGAUGUUAGUAAUUCAUUGUUGUGUGCUCUGAUUCCACUUGUUAUGUCAAGAUACGAUACAAUGUUUCCUGACAAGGUUUUCUCUUUUGAGGUUAGGAAGAGGCUUUCAGACUUUAUGCUGGCCGUGUUUCAACGAUCUCCUGAUUGCAUUGCACUAUUGAAGAAACCAAUCAUCAAUCGGUUAGGAGAAGCUUACAAUAGUCCUGCAAAGAUGGAGUUAGCAUUGCAUCUAUGUUGGGCAAUUGGUGAGCAUGGAGCAGGAGGCACAUCUCACAAGGAUGUAGCUCGCGAGCUAUUCGAGAACUUAGAAUUGCUUUUAUAUGAGAAUCUAUCAUCUAGUCGUGUGGGCUCGAGCCAGGACAUGGAUUCAAAGGGCUCCUCUUUUAGAAAGUCCUCCCAAUCUAGGCUCCUUUGCUUUGUGGUGACUGCUAUUGCAAAGCUUGCAACGUGCCAUCAUGAGCUGCUUCCAAGAGCUCGGGUUUCAUUGGCUAAGGUUGCUCGUUCUCGAAUCUCAGAUAAGAGGGUUUGCAGCCGUGCUUGUGAUUUUCUAGGGUUGAUGAAUGAACCUGCAAUUAGUCUGUCUGUUUUGGGCCCCCCUUCUGGCGGAGUCAAAGGUCCCGGUAUUGUUAACUGGAAUGAAGGAGGAUCGAAGAUGAUCGCUAACAUCCCAUUUUACAUCCUUAAUGAGCAAGAAGGUCCUCCUUUUCAUGAUUUUUCCUUCUCAGACAUCCUUCCGGGACAAUCAGCUCCCCCUUUUUUGUGACUUGUAUAUUUGGAUCAGUAGCGAACAUUUCGUAUAUCUUUUGUUUGAUCUUAAUCCUUUAUAUUUUACAUCAUGAGGGUGCGAAGGUUGCAGUUCCGACAGAGGAUAGAAUUGUUGGUUUGUAAAAUGAAAAGAAUUGUUGGAUUGUACUAUGAUCAUAGUGAAGUUAAUCUGUUUUUCACUUUUUUAAUUGUAAUUUUCUUGCACUUAAAUGGAA